CAACCAACACUACAUAUAAAUACCGUUUAUAAUCACCAAAAACUAAAUAGCAGUAAUCAGAAACCAUUAAUCGCCCCUACCAUCUCUCGUAAAUCCAUCUUCAUCCCACCUUAGUUUUCAUCUUUCCCAUUCCAGCUAACUUUACUCAGCACCCAUCUCAUCCUAAGAAAGAAACAAUGUCUAACACCACCACCAACCAAACCCUUCUCGCAGCCAAAUCCUGGCUCCAGGAUUAUCACUCCCUAGGCGACCAACUCACACCCGAAGUCGCCGUUCCUAAAUUCUAUGCUCCAGACUGCGAGAUGAGAUUCCCAGGCCACUCUCCGAUCAAGGGCCAGGAAGCAAUCAUCAACUUCUUCAAAGAGCAGUCUACGAUCCUGGAGAGCAUGAAGCAUACUAUUGGUCAUGUGGACGUUCUUCCUGAUCGCAUCUAUCAGGAGGCGACUAUUGAGUACGUUUUGAAGGGUGAUGAUGAGAAGAAGGUGGUUAGUGUUCAGGGUAUAGCAAUCUUUGGGAAGGGGGUGGAUGACGAUAAGAUGAGGUUUUUCACGGUGUAUCUGGAUAGGAGUCCUUUGGUGGAGAGGGUUAGGGUUAUUAGUGCUAAGGGUGGUGGUGAGGGGCAGUGAGAUCGGAUAGUAUAGACAUGUUUCGCAAGUGAUUGAUGU